CGCAGCACUUCAUGACUUUGGCGUAAACUUCAGACGCAGCCCCCUUUCCUGUCUUCACAACAAGGAAAUAAGUUGAGUUUCAGAGAAACCAGCUGCCGAGAGCACACCAGGCCUUCCGGCCCUGGUCCCUGCUUAGCUUGGGUCUUUGUGUGGCAGCUGGUGUGCCCAGAACCAGCUGUUUGCUGACGUUGGGGACCAGAGACCUGUGGCCCAUUUGCCUCGAUAUCGUCUGCACAACCCCAGGCGCAGGGCCUGGCGAGGCACAGCGGCGGUGGCGAUGCCGGACCCCGCGGCGCACCUGCCCUUCUUCUACGGCAGCAUCUCGCGCGCCGAGGCCGAGGAGCACCUGAAGCUGGCGGGCAUGGCCGACGGGCUCUUCCUCCUGCGCCAGUGCCUCCGCUCGCUGGGAGGCUAUGUGCUGUCGCUCGUGCACGACGUGCGCUUCCACCACUUCCCCAUUGAGCGCCAGCUCAACGGCACUUACGCCAUCGCCGGCGGUAAGGCGCACUGUGGCCCCGCGGAGCUGUGCGAGUUCUACUCGCGCGAUCCCGACGGGCUGCCCUGCAACCUGCGCAAGCCAUGCAACCGGCCGUCGGGCCUCGAGCCGCAGCCAGGCGUUUUCGACUGCCUGCGCGACGCCAUGGUGCGCGACUACGUGCGCCAGACGUGGAAGCUGGAGGGCGAGGCCCUGGAACAGGCCAUCAUCAGCCAGGCUCCCCAGGUGGAGAAGCUCAUUGCCACAACAGCUCACGAGCGGAUGCCCUGGUACCACAGCAGCCUGACCCGUGAGGAGGCAGAGCGCAAACUCUAUUCCGGCUCGCAGACGGACGGCAAGUUUCUGUUGAGGCCCCGGAAGGAGCAGGGCACUUAUGCACUGUCCCUGAUCUAUGGGAAAACUGUGUACCACUACCUCAUCAGCCAGGACAAGGCGGGCAAAUACUGUAUUCCUGAGGGGACCAAGUUUGACACGCUCUGGCAGCUGGUGGAGUACCUGAAGCUGAAGGCAGAUGGGCUCAUCUACUGUCUGAAGGAUGCCUGCCCCAACACCAGUGCCAGCGCAGAGGCUGCUGCUCCCACACUCCCGGCCCACCCAUCCACGCUCACCCACGCUCACAGACGGAUUGACACCAGCUCAGAUGGGUACACCCCGGAACCAGCACGCCUAGUGUCCUCAGAGAAAGCACAGUCAAUGCCCAUGGACACGAGUGUGUAUGAGAGCCCAUACAGUGACCCCGAGGAGCUCAAGGACAAGAAGCUCUUCCUGAAGCGGGACAACCUCCUCAUGGCUGACAUAGAACUUGGCUGUGGCAACUUUGGCUCAGUACGCCAGGGUGUCUACCGCAUGCGCAAGAAGCAGAUUGAUGUGGCCAUCAAGGUGCUGAAGCACAGCACGGAGAAGACAGACAAGGAUGAGAUGAUGCGCGAGGCACAGAUCAUGCACCAGCUGGACAACCCCUACAUCGUGCGGCUCAUCGGCGUCUGCCAGGCUGAGGCCCUCAUGCUGGUCAUGGAGAUGGCGGGUGGCGGGCCCCUGCACAAGUUCCUGCUUGGGAAGAAGGAGGACAUCCCCAUCAGCAAUGUGGCCGAGCUGCUGCACCAGGUGUCCAUGGGGAUGAAAUACCUGGAGGAGAAAAACUUCGUGCACCGUGACCUGGCGGCCCGCAAUGUCCUGCUGGUCAACCGGCACUACGCCAAGAUCAGCGACUUCGGUCUCUCCAAGGCAUUGGGUGCUGAUGACAGCUACUACACCGCCCGCUCGGCAGGGAAGUGGCCGCUCAAAUGGUAUGCACCCGAGUGCUUCAACUUCCGCAAGUUCUCCAGCCGCAGUGAUGUCUGGAGCUAUGGGGUCACCAUGUGGGAAGCCUUCUCCUAUGGCCAGAAGCCCUACAAGAAGAUGAAAGGCCCCGAGGUCAUACACUUCAUCGAGCAGGGCAAGCGGAUGGAGUGCCCGGCAGAAUGUCCGCCUGAAAUGUACACGCUCAUGAGUGACUGCUGGAUCUACAAGUGGGAGGACCGCCCGGACUUCCAGGCCGUGGAGCAGCGCAUGCGCACCUACUAUUACAGCGUGGCAAGCAAGGUUGAAGGCCCCCCAGGGUGUGGAAAGGGGUCGGAGGCUGCUUCUGCCUGAGCUGCGGCCUGCCCGGGGCCUGCAAGAUGCGAUGCCCCAGCUUCAGCUCCAUCCGAGGUCAGCUUAGCUCGUUUCUCCAAACCAGCUGGGCUGUGGUAAGGCAGGCAGCGGAGGCCUCAGGUUCAUAUGGAUCCAGUGGUCCCCACCUGCUUGCCUGUUCUCUCUGGCUGGAGGGAGGAGGGGAGGCCCUGGCAGGGUGGGAUUGUGUAACUUGCUCCUGGGCAGCUGUCCACUGGGCAGCUCUGAGCUGAGGGUGCACUGCUUACCUUCAUCUUCAUCUGGGCCCUGAAGGGGAAGACUCUGGAAACUCAGGUGGCAAGCCCUCAAUCAUUGUAAUAAACUCAGCUUCUCUCUUGU